UUAGCUAAACGGUCACUCUGAACAGCUGCUAAAAUUUGUUUUCAUUGCAAAAUCCUGUAAUUUUCUGUUUAUCCACGAUUGAUUGGCCGUAAAAUGCUGACCGACCGAGUGCUGGCCACCAAGGAGGCGCUAGUGGUGGCCCUGGGCGACAACUGGGAGCGCUACCGGGCCAACAUGAAGAACUGGUUCCGCAGCCGCUGGACCAAGGAGGAGUUCGAUGCGGAGUCGCGAAAGAUCCUCUCGCCGGACAAACUGCAUCUGCACAACCAGUUCCUGCUGGCGCUGCUCAACAAGAUCGAUGCCUUCUCUCCGGUGGACAAUCCGCCGGCUGUGCAAAACAGCAGCAGUGGUGGCGGCAACCGGAGCAAGCGGCGCAAGCGAAGCUCUCGCACCUUCGCCGAGCGUCUGAACUUUGAACUCUGCGAGGUCCUGGACUUUGUGGCCGAGGACAAUAUGCAGGUCAUCCGGCCACCGCCCGCCAUCAGUGGAGCCUCGGAGCAGCAGCAGCAGCUGCAGUCACAGCGCUACUGCGCCCAGGAGCUCUUCCUGCCCGAUGCGGGCUUCAUAAUGGGACGCUUUCUGAUUGGCGCCUGGGAAAUCGGACUCGUGUCCGUGGAUGACAACGUCGCCGAGUACGUGGCCAUGGCCGUGCAGGUGCUGCUCAAGGAUCUGCUGUCUGCGAUCAUCAAGAAGCGUAAGCAUUACAAGACCAGCGGCGAGGGAAACUUCUACUACGAUGUGGGUGCUCCGCUAAGGGAUCCAUCGCUGCGCAACACCGUCACCCGGCAGAAAGUGGACGACACGCCGCUGGAGCUGGACAAGGAGCUGAAUACGGCCAACUUUAUGCGGCGACAGAACGACGAUGUGACCUUUUUGUCAGCCUGCGAAGAAGUCCUGCCCAGCGAGCGCACAGUGAUCACCCUCAAGGACUGCCAGCUGGCCUUCCGCGAUCGCAACCUGAUCGGCUCCCAUGCCGUCUACUCCAUCAACAUGGAACGACUCAACAUGAUGAUGCAUUAGUUUAUUAGUUGUACUUAAUUAAUAUCAGCUCUAUGUAGAAUUAUAUACAUUAUACGCUAGUUUUUGGCUCAGCAAA